CGUGCUGCGCGCGACAGGCUUCCGCCAUCUUGUUCCGGCCAGCAGCCCACCAUUACCUUGUUUCUUUCCCGCCUCGUUCCUCCCCGCCCCGGCCGUUCGCUCCCCUCAGGACUCGGUGUGUACCGGCGGGCCAUGCUGGAUCACACAGGGCAGCGCUAGGGAUCCGCCGCUCCGUCCCUCCCGCCGUGCAGCCCGCUCCUCCUCCCACACCCGGGCCCAGCGCUGGACUCCGACAUGGACGCCGUGAACGCCUUCAACCAGGAGCUCUUUUCGCUCAUGGAUAUGAAGCCACCAAUAUCCCGAGCAAAAAUGAUUCUUAUUACCAAAUCUGCUAUCAAAGCCAUUAAGCUUUACAAGCAUGUAGUGCAGAUUGUGGAGAAGUUCAUCAAAAAGUGCAGGCCCGAAUACAAAGUUCCUGGAUUAUAUGUUAUUGACUCAAUUGUUCGUCAGUCUCGGCAUCAGUUUGGUAUAGAUAAAGAUGUGUUCGGUCCACGCUUUAUUAAGAACUUAACUGCAACAUUCCAGUGUUUAUAUCUCUGUCCCACAGAAGACAAGAGUAAGAUUGUCCGCGUGUUGAACCUCUGGCAGAAGAAUGGCGUAUUUAAGAUUGAAAUCAUUCAGCCAUUGUUGGAUAUGGCAGCAGGAGCUUUGGCUGCAAGUGAAAUGCUUGCUGAUAACUCUGCCAACGAUGAAGGGUCUUCACCUCCCCUUGGCACAAUGUCUUCAGAGCCAUCUGAAGAAAUUGCAAAUCUUGAACCUGCAGUGUCUGUCCCACAGUUACCGAAUCCAGAUGCCUUUGCUGCAGUUGCCCAACUAUUUCAAACCACGCAAGGACAGCAGCUCCAGCAAAUACUUCAGACUUUCCAGCAGCCUCCCAAACCACAAUCUCCUGCCAUUGAUGAAAAUGUUCUUGCACAGGUUCAGGCCAUUACCUCUCAAUUGAAUGCUCCACCUCACCAGCCAGAAAGGAAAACUGCGUUUGACAAGUUACUUGACAGAUUUGACUAUGAUGAUGAGCCUGAAGCAACUGAAGACUCCAAAAAAGAAUCCUCAAGCCCUCCGCCUCCUUCUUCCCAGCCACCUUUCUCAUUUUCAGGAGAAGGUAUGCAAACAGCAUUUACCCAGAUGCCAGGGCAAAUGCCAAACAUGGAGCAGUUUCAGCCUAUGAUGAUGGGAAUGCCACAGGAAUCUCUGCAUCACCAGGCUCAGUUGCCUCCUAAUGGACAAAUGCUUGGGUUUGGUAUGAUUCCUACACAGGCUUUCUCCAAUAUUGCCCAUCCAGUAGUGGUUCAAGAAUCUCCUCAGCCUUUCCAACCUCCUUUCCAAAUGCCACAGAAUGAAGUUCAUGUGCAGAAAGAGCUUCACCAGGAAGCUCCUAUGGAACUCGAACAGCCAAGCAUUCAAGAUAAUAAACGCCAUCAACCUGAGCCAAAGUCUGCAUCCAGGUCACCAAAAAGACGGCGCUCAAGGUCCAGUUCACGUUCCCGAAGAUCUCGCCAUCGGCGUUCCCGAUCAAGGUCUCGUGACAGGAGAAGGCACUCACCCAAAUCUCGGUCACAAGAGAGGCGGGAUAGGGAGCGCAAGCUAAAAGGUCUUCCACCAAUAAAAUCAGAAACAGUUAGUGUUUGUAGCACUACGCUCUGGGUAGGUCAACUAGAUAAACGAACAAGCCAACAGGAUGUUGCAAACCUUCUAGAAGAAUUUGGACCUAUUGAGUCAAUCAAUAUGAUUCCUCCCAGAGGCUGUGCUUAUAUUGUUAUGGUUCACCGACUUGAUGCAUAUCGUGCAUUGCAUAAACUGAGUAGAGGAAGCUAUAAAGUAGGCCAGAAGGCAAUAAAGAUUGCAUGGGCUUUGAACAAAGGAAUUAAAGCAGACUUUAAGCAAUACUGGGAUGUAGAGAUAGGCGUUACAUAUAUCCCGUGGAGUAAGGUCAAACCUGAAGAACUUCAGGCUUUUUGUGAAGGUGGAAUGUUGGAUAAUGAAACUCUGCGUCCAGAGUGGAAAAGCUUUAAUAAGAAAGCAGAAAGUAAUGAUGUAUCUCAGAAUGGAGGAUCUGAGAAUAAACGUAGUGAUGAUGCCUCUCCUGCAUCUCAACCUUUACCACUACUGUCUCUUCCCAUCCGUACUCCUCUGGCUGCAAUGUCAUUGUCUGCUCCUCAACCAGUGACCUCACUUCCACCUCAUCAGGCUAUGACUAUGGUACAACCUCAGACUAGUGCCCCUAUACACCAUCAGGGUUUACCGCCUCCACAGGGUUUGGCACUGCCACAGGGAGUUCCACCUCUGCAGGGUUUGACCCUUCCACAAGGAAUUCAUCCUCAAGGGCUCACCCUCCCACAAGGAAUGCCAAUGCCUCAAGGAAUUCCACUCCAUCAGCCUGUUCCGGGAGUGGGUGCUAUGCAACCUCAUUUCCCUGGUCCUAUUAGUAUUCCUCCUCCAGGGUUUGCACCAGGAGUUCCACCUCCUCCAUUUAUGAGGCCAGGUUUUAACCCAAUGCAGUUACCUCCAGGCUUUCUCCCACCUCCAGGACUACUUCCACCUAUGACUCCGGUUUCUAUUCCUCCGCCAACAUCUGCAAUAAACAUCCCAACUUCUACAGCAGGUGGUCAGUCUAGUGAUGCAACUCAAGAGCAGGCUCAUGGAAAUGCCAUUCAAACCGCUCCCAGCAGAGAAAGCAUUGAUUCUGAUGAUAGUGGCAAUGGAUUUGAGUCUUCAGCACAAGGAGGGCCAAAUAAUGCCCCAGGGCCUGUGAACCCACAUCUCGGUGCAUCUCAAGCUGCGCAAUCUCAGGGACCUCCUUCUGAACCACAACAAGGUCCUCCUCCAGAUCAACAUCAGGGACCCCCCUCUGGCCCCCACCAGGGACCUUCUUCUGGUCCACAACAUGAGCUCCCUAGUCCACAUCAGGGACCACCUUCUGGCCACCACCAGGGACCUCCUUCUGGCCACCACCAGGGACCUCCUUCUGGCCACCACCAGGGACCUCCUUCUGGCCACCACCAGGGACCUCCUUCUGGCCACCACCAGGGACCUCACUCUGGCCCACACUAUGAGCCUCAGGGUCCACACUAUGAGCCUCAGGGUCCACACUAUGAGCCUCAUGGUCCACACUAUGAGCCUCAUGGUGCACACCAAGGGCCUGGUUCUGGCCCACACUAUGAUCCUCAAGGGCCGCAUUCUGGCCCACACUAUGAGCAACCUGGUCCACACCAAGGGCCACAUUCUGGCCCACAUUAUGAGGCAACUGGGCCACACCAAGGGCCACAUUCGGGCCCACACUAUGAUCCUCAUGGUCCACAUCAAGGGGCACAUUCGGGCCCACACCAUGGUCCUCCAUCAGGACCUCAUUAUGAACCUCCUGGCCCACACCAUGGCCCACAUUCUGGUCCUGGAACGGGUCAAUCGACUGGUCUUCUGGGUGCUAGACCUGGAUUAAUACCUCUGCAAAGGCCACCUGGAGUUCCCCCACCUCACAGAUUUCAGUCAAUGCCUCACAGACAGAUGCCUCCUCAUAUGAUGCACAGAGGCCCCCCUGGACAAGGAGGAUAUGGAAUGAGGGGACCUUUUCCACCUCAAGGUCACUUUUCCAGACAAGGAGGGCCAGGGGGUCAUGGUCCUGAAGAUAGGGAAGGAAGGCAAUUUAGAAAUGAUCGACCUGGAUUUAACCCAGAACGAGAGAGAUAUGGUAGGAGACCAUUUGGGAAUCGAAAUGAAGAUGAGAGAGAAUAUUUUGACAACCGUCUUGAUGAGCACGAUCAUGAGCGAUCAAGCAAUCGUGGCAGGAGAAACUGGGGAAGAGGAAGUCCUGAUCAUGAACGGUAUAGAGAUCAAGAGGAGAGAAGUAGAUGGUCAAUGGGCCGAGAGAGAGAACCUGAGCCUUACAGAGGAAUGCCAGAAAUGCGGGAGAGCCGCAAACAUGAUAUGCUUAUGGAGUUUGAUGAUGAGCAUGAGUCAUUUAAGGAUAAAAUUGAUGCUUCAGAGAAAGUUCCAAAAUUUGAUAAGGUUAAAGAAGAAACCUCUGAAAAUAAGCCGGCUGAAGAGGUACCAGCUAAGGCUUCUGAACAAAAGGAAAAGGAUUCUGUACCUACAACAGAAUCUCCACACUAAGACUUACUACUUUAAAGACAACAUUGUUCAUGUGUAGAGCUUCGAAUAUGUACAGUAUGCUGUAAAAUAUUUGCUUCAGCUUAAUUGCCAACCCUUUGAUAGUUCCUGAAGAAUCGUAAACAAUUGGUUUUCCUUAUUUAAAAUGCAAAUUUAACACCCCCAAAAAAUUUACGUGGGGGAAGGAAGAAUAUAAGUGCCCAUUUUUGCUGUAACUUUUUAAGAAUCUGCAAAAGUUUAUAAUUUUUUUUUUUUCUCUUUUGAGGGGGAAAAUACCAACAUCCUUAAGGCUCGUCUAAACAUUAGGGAUACAUUUUUAAUAAACUCUAUUUUCGUAACAAACAUUUGUGUGAUAUUAUUCCGGUACUGCCAUCAAUAAAUUGGUAUUAUUUAACCCCCAAA